CUCUCCUCGGCUUUGAACUGGACGAGCACAAAGCGCGAGGGUAUUUUCUUUAAUAGAUGAAAAGAUCGAUCGCCGUCGAGCGGGAAUCCACCGUCGCCAAUCUGAUCUCGUUGGGAUUCAUUUUUUAAGAGCCGUGGAGAGAUCCAGAUCCAAACUGUCUUUUCCUCCUACUUCUCUUCUCUGGUCUCAAAACGGCGGCUCGGAUGCCCUCUCGGUGGAGGACCCUGUCAUCAAGAAGUUAUUUUUGCUCCCAGUAUAGAUCUGUAUAGGAGCUGCUAUGGAAUUUGUAUCCUGAAGACUUCUGCAAUAACUGUAAACUAAAGGAGUUUAAUUGGAAGAAAUGGCACCAGCAAGCAAAGCUGACAGAAAGGCAGCAUUAGAUGUUGCCUCUUGGAUGUUCAAUGUUGUAACCUCAGUUGGGAUCAUCAUGGUUAAUAAAGCCUUGAUGGCCACUCAUGGAUAUGGAUUUGCGACGACAUUAACCGGUCUACAUUUUACUGCUACAACAAUCAUGACUGUUGUGCUCAGGUGUCUUGGAUAUGUUCAGCCAUCCCACUUGCCUGUACCUGAUCUAAUAAAAUUUGUCGUCUUUGCGAACCUGUCAAUUGUUGGAAUGAAUGUUAGUCUAAUGUGGAAUUCUGUGGGAUUUUAUCAGAUUGCGAAGCUAUGUAUGAUCCCUGUAUCAUGUUUUCUAGAAGUUCUUUUUGAUAAAGUUCGUUACUCCCGAGACACAAAACUUAGCAUAUUGGUAGUUCUUAUUGGUGUUGCAGUCUGUACCAUCACUGACGUGAGUGUUAAUGCCAGAGGCCUUAUAGCUGCCACUAUAGCAGUUUGGAGCACUGCUUUACAACAAUAUUAUGUACAUUUUCUUCAACGGAAGUACUCUCUUGGAUCAUUCAACCUCUUGGGCCAUACUGCUCCCGUGCAAGCAGCGUCUCUGUUGCUUCUUGGUCCCUUUGUGGAUUAUUGGUUGACCAGGCAAAGGGUGGAUACUUUCAACUACAAUAUAAUUGCAGUGUUCUUUAUCAUUUUGUCAUGCAUCAUCGCCAUUGGUACCAAUCUAAGUCAGUUCAUCUGCAUCGGUCGAUUCACCGCUGUCUCCUUCCAAGUUCUAGGCCAUAUGAAGACCAUCCUUGUCUUGGUUUUGGGAUUCUUCUUAUUCGGAAGAGAAGGUCUCAAUCUCCAUGUAGUUCUUGGCAUGUUAUUAGCCGUUGCAGGAAUGAUUUGGUAUGGGAAUGCCUCAUCCAAGCCAGGGGGUAAAGAACGGCGUAGUUUUUCCAUGCCAAGUGGUAAAUCUCAGAAGGAUGGCCUUUUGACAGAAUCUGGACAGCUCGAUGAAAAGGUCUAAGGCUUCGUUUGGGACGGCUUUCCUACUGCUUUUUAAAGCCGUUUUUUGUACUAAAAAGUUGUUUUAAGAAGCAGUAAGAAAGCCAUCCCAAUAAAGCCUAAAUUAUAUUCCCAUGCAGAUAGUAGGCAUCUUAUCUUUCUUGCAGGAACUUAUAGUGUUUCGCUGAGAUCAUUUAUAGGAAAAAUCUGACAGUCUUUGAUGAGGGCUGGCGUUAUUGUUUCCAUCUUUGUAUUUUCUACUCUUUUUUGUUUUGUAUUUUUUUCUGGGGAAGGCCGUUAUUGGUUUUCAAGAUUCCCCAUCCCAAAUACUACGUUCCAUUGUUGCUUAUAGUAAUUUAUUUCCUCCUAAUAAGUUGUUCUGCAGAGGAAGCUGUUUCAUUCAAAUUGACAUUAAUGGUUUUUGUCAAGUUAUGAACAUCAAGACUAACGAAAUUUUGUUUAAAUU